AUGAAAUUACCAAGUAUUAAUAAACCAACCUCAGCAUAAUCAGCAAAUCGACAAUUACCUCCAAGGUAGAGUAAUAAUGCAAUAAGCAAUUUAGAAAAGAAUCUAUUCAAUAAACUCAACGAAUAUGAUGAUUUAAACAAAAUUGAUACUAAAAAGGCUUAGGUGAAUGAGGUGAAUAAAAAAGCUUAGGUGAAUGAGGUGAAGUCUAAUAAGAAAAUCGAUAAUUCUCAUGAUGAAAUGGACUCUUUAGCUAGGAGAGCUAAUACUUUGAAAAAUUAUAGUCAAACUGAAAAGAUCAAAGAUUUGAAAUCAUCUUAAUAAAAACAACAGCAAAAACAACAAGACACUGUGUUUCUGACUCAUAAUCAACAAGUCAAAUCGGAGGAAUCGAAUAAUGAUUAAGAUGAUGAUGGCAGUAAUAGUGAUAGCAGCAUAGAGGAUUUAUUAUAGAGGAGUAGGGCAUUGGAUAAAUAGAAAAAAGUUAUGUUAAAUUUUGAAGAUGACACUGAGGUUGGUUAAUUGAAUAAGAUGCUAUUUUAAAGUAAGAAUUGAAAAGUGUAUAAUUGAUAGCUGAUAUCGAUUUAGACGAGUAGUUUUAGAGUAUGUGCACUUUGAAGAAAACGAUAUCGCAGAUGCAAGACUCCAUGAAAUCUUUGGGAUAUGGGAUUAAUGAGAAGUUGAUGGAUGAAUUGAACUAAUAAUAUGAGGAAAUGAUUAAGCUGCAAAGGGAAUCCUAAGUAGCUAAGUGAAUUAAUUAGGCAAUCGAAGAGUAUCAAUUGAAAGAGAGCAACUCAAAAAAUAAAAUGCCUGCAUUGCGUUCAAACAGUGUUAAUUAAUCAAAAAAAUUGAAAAAAUGA